UCUAUCGAUAGUUAUAGGCCCAGCUCUAAAAGCCAAGCGGAAAUCCAAAAAUCAAAAGGAAUUAAAUAUAAUGGUGGAACCGAAGACCCAGCCGCCCGUGGAGCGUCCACCGAGCGCAGAGACCUUUCUGCCCCUCAGCCGUGUGCGCACGAUCAUGAAGAGCUCCAUGGACACGGGCCUGAUCACCAACGAGGUGCUCUUCCUGAUGACCAAGUGCACGGAGCUAUUCGUUCGCCAUUUGGCGGGAGCGGCGUACACGGAGGCAUUCCGCCAGCAACCGGGCGAAACGCUCAAGUACGAGCAUCUCUCCCAGCUGGUCAACAAGAGCAAGAAUCUCGAGUUUCUGCUGCAGAUCGUGCCGGAGAAGAUCCGGGUGCACGAGUUCAAGGAGAUGCUACGGCUAAACCGCUCCGCCGGCAGCGACGACGACGAUGAGUCCGAAUCCGGAUCUGAGUCGGAUGAAUAGCCGGCCAUGCAGAUGUAUUUCCGCAUGGAAAUGGACUGGAUGUUCCACCAACACCGACUGAUUUUAACGCCACCCAAUUAUCUUCAAUGUUAGACUAGACGAUAAGUGAACGAUUUUUUAUAGAAACCCUGAUUAAUAAAGAAGCAUAAGAGCACUGCGUCCUCCAAA